AUGGCUGGUCCCGGAGGUGGCCCUCCUCGCAAGAGCCACACCAAGUCCCGAUUUGGCUGCAAGACCUGCAAGCGGCGACACAUCCGAUGUGACGAGACCUUUCCACAAUGUCGGAACUGCACCAAGCAUAACUGUCGCUGCGAUUACAUGGACGUUGCAACGGUCCACGACGACGCGUCAUCCAUCCGCAACGUGCCCGACCUCCUCAUGUCCGCCGAGAUCGAACUGGAGAUCAAGAACUGGCAUUUCACGGGCAUCGCCCCGUUUGCCGAGUUGAUGCAGUUUCCGCGCACCAGCUGGAGCAAGCUGUCCCGGACGGAUCUGCGGUUGAUCCACCACAUCAUCGGAUUAUCCAUCGAUCUCCACCGACGGGGUCUCAGCAGCUGCACCAUCUGGGCGCAGAAGAUGCCUACUUUCCUCGCCAUCGCACUCUCCAACGACUUUGUGAUGAGUGCCAUCCUGACCAUGUCCGCCUCCCACCUCGCCUGGAUCACCCGGAACCAGGAGACCAAGCAACUCGCCUACCAUCACCGGGGAGUCGCCAUCCAGGGCCUGCACAAUGCCCUCGGGGCAUUUUCCAAGGACAACUGCGAUGCGAUUCUGGCUGCCUCGAUCAUUCUGUCGUGGCAGGCGUCGGAAUGGCAGAGCUGGGCGUCGUUGCAGCAAGGCCUUACAACAGUCCUGAGUUCUAUGCAUCCCAUGUGGAAGCAAGAAUCCGAGUUGGCCAUGUUCCUCGAGAACCAGCGGUAUUUGGGGUGCACCAACACGGCAGUCAUGUCGGGCUACCAGUUCCAGGAUGAAGACCUGGCCAGUCUUGACCAGACCAUCGUGGCGCUCCAGGCUCUGCAGAAGCGGGUCGCCCACCACCAUGAGCACUACCGUCGGAUCGGAGAACUCUUGGAGUUUAUCCGACACUUCCAGCGUGAUCUCCUCUCCCAGACUCCCGAACAGGCCUUUGAGCGCAUGCAACCGCUGCGUCAAUGGUUGUUCUGGCUCCCUCCGGCCAUGCUGCGACCGGAAGACGCCGAUAUUGGCUCCCUAGCCAUUCUCGCCCAGUUCUUUGGGGUCGGGGUCGUCCUCGACAGCCUCUUCCCGGACUUGGGCGGCGCCUAUCUGGGCCCGCUCUCGAUCAGCCCGAUCGAGGAGAUCUACCGGAUCGUGGUGGCGCGCAGCACGGCCGACCCAUUCCACCCCGAUGCCCAGCUGGCGCUCUCCGCCAUGGACCUCCCCCGUCACAUUGUCGCCAAAUACAAAAGCCGGCUCCAGUGGUCGCCACGCACGUCCCUCGACCAUUACUCGCCCGCCCCUCCCAGCCCCUAUCAUAGCCUGCACGACUACCGCCUUGCCUCGUCCUCAUCGCCCUCCUCGGCGUCGGCCACCUACGCUCCUUACACCCCGCCCCUGCAGUCCCCUCCCGAAGUGACGAUCGCCAGCCCCCCGUUUGACGUCAGUGGGGCGUAUGUGACGGCGCCGGCGUCGCAGGCGCUGUACCCGAGCUCCCCACGCCUGCUCUCGGACCCUCGUGACGAUCUCUCCGACUACAGCCACGCGGGAUCCUUGCAGCACUCGCCGGGAUUUCCGCCCCAUUACAUGGGGGACGUGGUGUGUUCGGGUUUGCCCCGCAUGAACAGCGGCGGGUUGGGGCUGAAUGUGCAGUUGUACGAGGACCCCCCGGUGGUGGGAUACCAACCCGAGCGCGGCUGGCAUUGA